CAUCUAUAAACUAGCUAGAACUCAUAUAUCUCUGCUUCAGUGCUUCUUUAAUGGAGUCCAGAACUGCCCAGCAAUUUUUCAAGGGAAAGACCAUCUUAGUCACUGGGGCAACAGGCUUCUUGGCAAAGGUGUUUGUGGAGAAGUUACUAAGGAUUCAACCGGAUUUGAAGAAAUUGUAUCUUCUUCUACGAGCUUCCAGCAACCAAGCAGCCACACGACGUUUGCACGAUGAGAUCCUUAGCAAAGAGUUGUUCAAGGUUGUACGUGAAAAAUGGGGUGCAGAUUUUGACACGUUGAUAUCAGAGAAGAUAGUUGCAGUUGCAGGAGACGUUUCUCUUGUGAACUUGGGACUAAAAGAUGCAGAUCUUCAUGAUCAACGCCAAGUUUUCAAACAAAAUAUUGACGUUAUUGUUAACCUAGCCGCCACUACUGAUUUUGAUCAACGAUUUGACAUUGCAAUGGGUGUCAAUGUAAUGGGUGCUCUACAUGUGUUAAACUUUGCAAAGACUUGUCUUAAUUUAAAGGUUCUUCUCCAUGUAUCAACAGCCUAUGUAUGUGGAGAAGCCAAGGAAGAAGGUGGAGAAAUUAUAAAAGAAGAGCCACUUGAGAUGGGUCAGAGCUUGAACAAAAGGGCAACAAAAUUGGAUGUUGAUGAGGAGAAGACUUUGAUGGAGAAAAAAUUACAAGAACUCCAAGCAAAGAAUGGUGAUGAAAAUGCAAUCGACUUUGCAAUGAAACAUUAUGGAACUGAAAGAGCAAAGUUUUAUGGAUGGCCAAAUACAUAUGUAUUUACGAAGGCAAUGGGAGAGAUGUUUCUUUCACAUCUCAAAGGCAACAUUCCCUUGAUCAUCGUACGUCCCACUAUGGUGACCAGCACAUUUAAGGAACCAUUUCCAGGUUGGAUCGAAGGUCUUAGAACAGUGGACAGUGUAAUCAAUGGCUAUGGUAAGGGAAUUGUGACAAGCUUUCUUGGUCAUCCCAAUACAAUAUUAGAUGUGAUACCAGUGGACAUGGUGGUAAAUUGCAUGGUGGCAGCAAUGGUGACUCAUUCAAAUCAAGUUCAAGAGACUAAUUUCAUCCACCACAUUGGCUCUUCAUUCAGAAAUCCCCUCAAAAUUUCUCAUAUUAGCGAUAUAUUGUAUCUUUACUUCACUAAAAACCCAUUCACCACCAGAAAUGGAAAGCAAGUUUCAGUUUCCUGCAGGUUAACAUGGUUUACAAGUAUGACUAGCUUCCAAACACAUGUGAUGAUCCGAUAUGUGUUCCCGUUAGAGCUUCGAUGACAGAAACACAGAAAAAUUACGAAUGACAACAAAGAUGGAGAAUUAUGAAUUUGACUUUGACUUUGAUCCCAAGAGCAUUGAUUGGAUAGACUAUAUGAUGAAGGUUCACUUGCCUGGUCUCACCAAGUUUGUAAUGAAAUAAUCUCCCAAUUAUAAUCCAAAUCUUGGGAAGAAUAUUAAAUAAGAGCAAUAUAUAUCCUCAAGCAAGUUGUAGCUUACCAGCUAAAAGAGACAUAUGAAUUAGGAUACAUUCAGUAUGCGAAGAAUAAAGG